GGAAGUUUCCCCCGGCCUGACGAACAGCAGAAAGCGAUGGCGGGGGAUACUACAACUGAGCUUCUUUUUCUAGAUACGUUUAAGCAUCAGAGUGCCGAGGUAAUGCUUAACCUUUUGUUAAUUUACCCCAGAGUUGUUUAUACUUGAUUUGAUCCUCUUAUCGGUUGAAUAAAACAGUUUUGGUGAAUAGUGCUGAACUUCAAAGCUAACUUUGCUAACAUUAGCAGCAGUAACAAUGUUGUCAUGUGAGCGCUGAACCUCAUCACUCUAAUCAAUCAAACACAUAUAGAUUUGUAAGCUUAUUUGCUCAACAAACUUAGGGUGAAUUAGAAAUGUUUUGGAAUAUUAAUUUGAAAUCAGAUGUUUUCUUUACAUCAUUGCGCAGUUUGUUUGCUGGUUAGCCGGCUUGCUAAUGCUAACUCUGCACAUAAACCAUGUUUACUUUGCAGCUGAGGCGGCUGUAACAGAUACACGUGUGUGCGUUUUUGGCAUAGAAACAUAGCAUCCAAAUGUUUGUGUUGAUUUUGUGUUUUUAUGCACUUUAGUUAACCAACGUGGAUGUGGUGCGGUUUCCAUGCGGGGUGCUGAUCACAGAGGUGAGGGUUAUUCCUCCAGGGAUCAAAGCUCACAGCGGCUUACCUGACAGCAGAGCGUUUGGGUAAGAGCUCAGGCACACACUUUACACACACACUUUUCAACUCCUGUUGUUCAGAUCCAUCUAGAGAGAGAUGAUGCAAUUUAGGAAUCUUUUAUGCAGGUUUGAUGAUAAAUCUUUGAUGAAGCAAAUUAUAAUCCCCUCAGAGAUGUGUUUCACGAUUACAUCUCAGGCAGUUUACUAUUGCUAUAUAUACAUACACUGUUAUUCUUAAUCUCAGUGCUGACUAUAAUCACAGAUCCUGUAUUAUUGUAUUAUCUACAUUCUCUUGAUCUGAAUCGGUGUCAAAGUUGAUGCACACCCUCUUGGCACUGUUUUGUAUGGAUCAUUAUAAUGUUGAAAUUCAUGCUGCCACAGUUCAUAUUAACCAUUGGCAGGUGGUUGGCCCAGGGAUAUUCCGGCGUAAAAUUAAUUUAGGGUCAAACAAACCGUAACACCGAGUUAGACACCCUGUCGAGAGAUGAAUGUUGCAGACCGCUUGCUUCUCUAGUUAUACCAGCGUUAGUAUCAACAGCAGGAUCUGUCGGUCUGAGAAGCCAUAAACAAACCUCAACCAAAACACCACUCUAUAGCAACAAUAAAUGCUCAGAACAGCACCUAACUUCAUCAACAGUACAUAUAGGGUCCUAGCCACCAAACAUCCUUUUAACUCUGCGUAAUUUCUUUAGCAAAGAGACUAAACACAACUCACCUACUCUCUUCCAGCAGCCGCUUGUUUGUAGCAAGACCUCAGGCCAGUUCAUUAUGGACUACAGCGUGGUGACACGGUAGUUCUUCUGCCUUAGCGUCUCGGUCUGAUUGCAUUUCUAUGAAGAAAUGAUCAUAAAUGUUCUUCCUUGAGCUGCGUCACCCCGCAGCAGCCCAUAAUGGACUGGCCUGAGGUGAAUCUUUUGUUGUAGAAAACGUUUUUUCUUUAAUAUCACCUUAGAUGGUCGUUUUGUACAGAUAUUUCAGAUGUUUGGUUGUAUAAAGAGUGCUUUUGUAGACUUCCAUGUUCGCCAAGCCCUGUUGUACUACAUCUCAUAUUCAUCCAUUCAUACACACAUUCAGCAUUAAUAACAGAGUAAAAUAAGGGAAGUUCCCAUCAGUGGCUCUUGGUUACAUUCAUAUAUAUUUACACACCUCUGGCUGUGCCACUCAGGGGCAGUUCAGGGUUUUGCGUUUGGCCAAAUGAGACUUCAACAUGAACAUCAAACCAUCAACCUUUGAUUGAAGGACAACUCACUUUAUCACUGAGCCACAGCCACCCCACAUUUAUGCCAUAUAUAAACAUCCUUUUCAGUUGACUUAGAUGAUAAAUAUGUGAUGAACUUGACACAUUUCCUUUUGUUGUAAUUUAUGGUAGAGCCAUUGUACAGAUAUUUAUAAGAUUAUACAGUGUACAGUUGUAAAAUUUAUUUUGAUGCAAAUCACUGUGUUGAUACUUAAUACAGGAAAAUGAGCUCUGUGUACACAACUAGAUUACAACAUGGCUGCCAUAUAACUGUGUGUGUCUGUGUCUGUGUAUGUGUGUCUGUGUUUCUAGGGAGACGUCCCCUCAUGCCUUCCAGUUGGAGCUGUUCUUCAACAAUGUCACCAAACCUAACAACCCAGCCUUCCACAGACUGGGCAGGUCAGGAUGAUUUUCUCAAAGUCUUUAAGGUCUUGAUAUCUGUCUCACCUGUUGAACCAGUCAUGGUCACAUCAAUGCCUUGCUCUGAUGCAUCCACCCAUCUUCAGGUUUCUUUGUCCCUGUUCUGGUUAACUGGUCUCUCCAGAAACUGAACCCCACCCAGCUGAGAGUGACAUAUAAACUAGGAGGACAAAUGGAUAAAUAUUUGAGUGAAAUGUUUUUAUUCUGACCUCAUAAUAAUACAGCAAGGUUAAGCAGUUGCACCAGAGCACAAACCUCUACUUAGAGGGGUGCAACAUGAAAGAUUUUGACAACUACAAACACGGCACACCCAUGUUAUUAUCCCUGCUGGGAAAGUUGGUCGGUGAUUUUUUUUUAAAACCAGUUGGAUUACUUUUAAGUGUGACAGAUGUCAAAAACAAUUCAGAGUAAAAUAUUUUUAGACAAAUUGGUGCUUGACCCAUUGAUCUUCUUUGACAGCUUUUGUGAUGAUCAGUAUCUGUUUAAUAAAACAUUAAAAUAAUGGUGCAGCCUUGUUUAUAACAACACGCUGCUUUCAUUUAUGACGGAAAGCAUGAUAUUGAAGACAAAGAUUGGCUUGAAUUUUCUGAGAGCUGAACAUUUCAUAUCUUUGAACCCUGACUGAGAAUGGAUUCAAAGUUCAUUUUUCACUGCCAUUUGUGGGGUUUUCAAGAAUCACCUAAAAUGUUGCAAACUUCUGGAACUGUGCCAAAUAAUUCAGGAAAAACAUGGGUGUUUCAAGAAGUAAAUCUGUUUGUUCAUUAUCUAAAUGUAAUCUUGUUUAUAUGUAGUGUGAGUUUAAUUAUUUUAUCAUUAAAAACACAGGUAAAGUCGGGGCAUCCCUGACCUAGCAAUCUAAGUACCCAAUGUACAGAGGUUAUUAUUCUCAUGUGGACAGCCUGGGUUCAAUGCUAACCAGCAUCUCCUUUCCUGCCUUGUCCCCACUCUCUGUCUCUGUUCUGUGCUCUAUCUACAUUCCUGUUCUCUCAAAUUAAAGGCAAAAAGGACGGUUAGGUUUGAGGAUCUAUAUUAAAAGAAUGGUAGACAUCGUCAUUCAUCACAUUUUUACAUCAUAUGUUGUCUGUAGGGCAGUUAAAAUAUGUUUAGGUAUUUUCUUACAGUUUGGUAUCAAAAAGGCUUAAAGUUGAUUUGCCAGUCAAGUUUAGUAGUUGAAUAGCGUAACCCAUGCAUGGAGGCCGCAGUUUCCAAAGUAGGUGGGUUAAAGUUGAAACUGCAGUUUUUAUGCAAUUUAUUCUCCGCUACCUUUCCCUCUGUCCUUUUUCUCUGUCCUGUGUCCUUUCAUCUGAAUGAAGGCAUAAAAGCUGCAAAAAUUCGUAGAAAAACCCACGAACAAAAGAAAUAUCCUGGACAAUUGUGCAGAGUUAAUGUCCUCUGUACCUCAGGGGACAGAAGAGGGUUCAUGGGGAGUGCUUUUAGACAUAAUAACCGCCAUUUUCUGCUGGAUGGAAAUAGGUUUAUCGAAGAAUCAACGGGCUGCUGCUAGCUUAAUUGCAGACACAUGCUAUUUCUUAAAAUGGAAAUGUAGAGUAAUGACAAACACACACACAUGUUGGAGGAUACUCCAGCAUCUAUGUAAUUGAACUCAUGUUUUAAUCUUUUCUGUCUUUCUGUCUGUCUGGCCCUCAGUCUGGAGUACGACGAGAACAAGUCCAUCGUGUUCAGGCCCAGUGGAAAGGUAAAUGAGUGUUCAUGACCGCAUUUUCACCCCUCUUCUGUUGAUUUGAAAGCUGAACAACUGAAAUGGUUUGUGUGUGCAGGUGAAUACAGAUGGCCUGGUGCUGAGGGGCUGGUACACCAGUCUGACGGUGGCAGUGUAUGGGACAGCAGAGCGCUCACAUGGACACGACCAGAGCUCACCACCUCCUCCUCCUCCCCCACCACCUCAACAACCAAGCGGGCCCAAAAGGAUCGUUAAACAAGGUGGGCAUCAUUAAAUCAAAACUACCUUAUACCUCCCCUCCCCUGAAACCUAAACUCCCCACGAACCAUUGACCUCUGAUUUCUCUGUUCUGUUGGAAAGACUGGCAAUCUACUGAACUGUUUGUUUCAGAGUGGGAAAAAGAUGACCAGUAUAACGGCAGCCCACCCAGGCCAGCACCCAGAGGGCCCCGAACUCCACCUGGGCCUCCACCUCCUGAUGAUGAUGAUGAAGAGCAGGUCCAGGUGACGGGUAAGAACUGUACGUCUCUCUUUUACUCUCACACUUUAUCAGCUGUUGUUUGAUCUUGAUGACUUAAAAAAUCUGAUCCUGCAGUCUCUGAAGUAUCAUCCUGGUUGUUACACCUUAUUGUUAAAUAUUGUCUUUGUGGUUACUGCGCAGUUUAUCUCCUGGUGUCAGUAUAAAGAUUCGUCUUCUCUUUUUGACACAUCGUUUCCUUUUUUUCCUUUUUCUAUUGGCACAGAAAAAUAUUGUCCUUUGAAUAAUCCACCUGUUUAAUAUAAGCUCCAUCACAGUUUGUCUGUUGUAGCUUUUUUAUGUUUUAUGUCAUUGUUUUUACACACCAUUGUCCAUUUAUAAAAGCUUAAAAAAUAAAAAAAACCUGCUAUCAGAUAACUCCUCCCCAGGAAGAAUACUUACUGCAGAUCUUCUUGUAACUAUUGGUGGAUCCUAAAUAAAUCAAAACUUCAUUGAUGUGGUGUUGCUGCCUGUGACACAGUGUCUUUUUGGAAAGUUUAACUUCUGCCGAGGAAAAGCAUGUAGUGACAUGUAUUAUUAACUUUAUCUGAUGGACCUAUAAUUCCUCUUUCUUCACACCCAGGCGCACGUGAUCUAAAGGUCAUGAACUUGCUGAGGUGGAAAACAGAAAUGGAAUAGAAUUAAAAAAUGUUCCCAUGUUCAUUUGAACCUAAAAAUAUCGAAUCACUUUACUUUGUUACAUAAGUUUUUAUACAGUAUGUCCAGCCUCCGUCUGUCUGCAAGGGGGUUGAUUCACUCACAGCAGCUGUGAGCUUCCGAAUUCAGCAACAUAUGCAAAUAGUGGCAGUGUUGUUUUGUUCAGUAGAUUCUUCAUUGUCUACUACUUGAUUAUGGAGUGUUAAGUUCUAAUCACAAUGUUUUAUAUUCUAGUUUAAAUCAUUACAAUAAGAUCAUUCAAGAUAAAGUGGUGAACAGAGUCAGAACUCUCUGCUUUUCACUCUAUAAGCAGUUGGGGGUAUACUAGAUGAACUGUACCGAUUUGUUCUUGUUCAGGUUAGUGGCACAUACUGUUCACUGUGUAUCAUAAGCAAGUCUCUUCAUGUUGAUAACCACUAUGUACUGAAGUUAGUAGAAUAGCUGGCUGGCUGCCAGGUAUGAAUAUAUAUUUAUGAGUGGCAUUAGGGUUUGGCUUAUAGGUUGUGUAAAUGUUAUAGCAGAAAAAAAAUGAUGACUUUAUACUUAUAAAAAUGUAGUUGGCAUGUUUCUGUGAACUGUCUGGUGAUGUUUACUGAAUCUCAUCUGCAGUGGGCAUGGUCAAAGAUGAGCAAAGUCAAGGCCGAGACGACUACCUGGAGGCCGUCUCACCUGAACGCUCCCUGCCUGCCGAUGAAGCUUACUCAGACGCCGAACAAGAGGAAGAAGGUGAUGAGGAGGAGGAAGAGGAGGAGCCAGAGGAGGAGGAGGACGCACGGACCGAGGGGAGCGUCCCGGAGGACGAGGAGGAAGAAGAGGAAGAGGAAGAUGAGGGUGAGGACGAGGAAGAGGAGAUGGAGGAAGGUAGGGGAGUGAUUUUGCGAGGGUAGGAUAGUCUAGGAUUCCAAAUGGAUGCCAGGCCCUGUCGCCCCUUGGAGCAUCCAGCUCAUCAGACUUCCCAGGGGGCCGCAGGAGCCGGGUCCAUUUGGGACUGAGUGUCAGUUGGAGAAAGUGUGUGCUCUGCACUGGCAUGCUGCCUCCAUCUAAAGCUGGAUGCUCCACACUCUGAGCUAGCUCACCCAGGCUACUCUGAAAGCUUACGGUCAACAUUCAUAAACUAUCAUAUGAAGGUGUACCUCGUAGCCCUCACAGCUGAGGCCGAUGCUUGUGUUCUCGUCCCAUUCUGCAUGUCAGACUAACCUGCAUGUUUGGACUGAAGCUAACAUGUGUGAGUGGACAUUUAUACGAGCAAGGAAACAUGAAGUAGCUGCUUGCCUCCUCAUUUCUUCUCAGUUUUCAUACAUACAUGUAGACUUUAGGAAGGAUCCUUUGACUCUGCUUCAUAAUAAAUUAACUUUUGUCUAAUUUCUCCUUCCACAUUUUCACAGGUGAUGACGGCUAUGAGCAGAUUUCAAGCGAUGAGGACGAUCUUGAUAACGGUAGCUUUAAGCUGCCCAGCUUUGACAUGGACUACACUCCUGAGGACCUGGCAUCUGUUCCACCUGUCCAGUAUGACCCGUAUGAGCGAGAGCUGAGACCCCUACUCUACUUCACACCCCCGUACAAGACCCGCUUUGACACCCAGCUAGAAAAGACUGUCGUGGAGGAACCAAGGGAUGCUGGUGGGACAGAGGAAGCAGCAGCAGCUGGAGAAGAGGCUGAGGCUGUUACCCAGCUAAAAGAGCUACUCACCAGCGUUGGAGGAGACAGAGAUGCUCGCUGGGUUACUGCCGUGGAAGACGCCCCAGGUCUCCUGGUCAAAGGGUUGACUCAUUUACUGAAACAAGGAGAGCAAGAGAUAGAGGGUCCUGUUGGAGUUUUAGCGAAGUGGGCACUUCAAGCUCUGAAUAUGGAGAUUGCUCUCACUCAGCCUAUUGCUCUUAAUCUCAGACAAUUGAAAGCCGGCGCCAAACUGGCAUCUUGCCUCGCAGAAUGCCCACAGGGCCUCACGGCGCUGGUGCAUGAAGGGGCCCUGGAUGUGUUGCUGAAGCUGCUCCACAUGGAGCACGUAUCCUCAACACUGAAGCUCAGUUUCUUGAAGGCUCUGGGUGCUCUGACCAGCACUCCAGCUGGUAUGGAGGCUUUUCUGCAUAUAGGAGACUCCGGGAAGAGCGGCUAUCAGGUCAGCACCAAUUUAUGAACGUGGAACUGUAAUCCACAUCGACAUCUUUCAUUUGACAUUUGAUGCAGAGAUUGAGUUACAAUAUUUCCAGAGACUGUUUAGUACAAUCGAACCAAACGAAUGAAACUCAUUCUGAUUAUCAGAUUAAUUAGUGCAAGUUAAGUAGACUAAAAGCAGCUUUUUGAAUAAACUCUGGACUUAGGAGUGAAGAGUGGAAACAAGGUGCCAUAAAAGCUGUUAAGGCUGAUAUACACGCUUUUGUUUGUUUAUUUUACACCCCUCAUACAGAUACCACAGUGUUGAACUAUGAAAACAAGCACCAGAUAUCGUUUUCAUUUUGUGUAGGUCCAUAAUGUACAACUGAACAUAAAAAGACACGUAUUUUCAUUCAUCUCAUCUAAAUUUGAUGGGGUUUUUUUUCAUGUUUUGCCAAAAUUAGAAUUUCAGUUUUUUCCAGUAUUGCGCAGCCUUGAGCUCAGGACUCCGCCAACCUUUAAUAUUUACCUUUAGUUUACUUUCUCAUAAAUGAUGCUGAUUUGUUUUCUUUGUACAGAAUUUAGUUCAGCUCUUCCUGCGAGAGGAAACCGUCCGGGUCAUAACAGCGGGCAACGCCAUCAUUCAGAAAAGUCACAUGUACGAAGUCUUGAUGGACCUGCAGAGAUCAGCGGCUGCAUGGAGUGAACCACAGCAGGUAGGAACAGACUCUAAUAGAAAGUUAUCACAGUCAUUGUUUCUUACUGCAACGCUACCCUUCAUUGAUCCCGUAUGGCAUUUCUCAGGAGGAGAUGGAGGAAGCUGAGAGCCCCAUGGAGGAAGAAACAUCUGUGAGCCCCUCCCCUGUCAGCGAGGCAGAGCUGGAUAGGCUGGCAGGAGUUUUGGAAGAGCUGCAUCACCUACUAGAGACCGCCCCAUACUGCAUGGUGCAACCGCCUGGGAAAGCUUUCCCCACUACUGCAAGAAUAACCGGACCACAGGAGAGGGAUGACCCAUACCCAACACUGUACAGGUAUGCAGCCCAACAUCCGUAACUUUACACCUCACACAUAUCAGAAAGACUUUGAAUGUUGUUGUGAUGUACUUUUUCCCUUCUCAGGUACAUGCACGCAUGCCACUUCCUUGAGAGCACAUCAGUGGUUUUGUCAGCAGCCGCAGCAGCCGGUCACCUCGGUGUCAUCCAAGCUGUGAGAGACAUCCUCCGCUUCCUGUCACUCACCCAGUCGGGUCUGCUCUUCCUCCUGGCCCAGCCCACUCCUGCAAAUCUGCUCCUGCGCCUCCUUGCAUCGAUAGUCGAAGCCGAAAUCGAAGAGACCUCCUUCACAGGGGGAGAGGGGAGCCUCACGGGACCAGGGUUUGGUGAAGAGGGCUUUUGCGUGUGGUUGAUGCAGGCGCUGCACGCUCUGCAGGGAGUGUCUGAACUGAUGAGUCACGUGAACGCAGGAGGAGAUGGAGGAGCCGGGUUAGAGGAAGGCGACAACCCAGAGGUUCUGGGCAUGCUUCAUGCGCUCUACUUGAUGACGUUCACGCAGACCGGUCGAAGCGCGGUGGCCCAUGUUCUCAGCCUGGACAACAACCUGUCGUGUUUGGUCACCCUGCUGCAGCACCACAGCAGCAAGGAUGGACAGGGGUACUACAAUCGCCCCCUCCUUCUCCUUAAAGUGUAAAGUGAUCUCUGCGGUUUAUUUCACUCUUUCUUUGUCCUCUUUUCUUGCAGAGAAGCAAAGGCUCGCAAAACGGUGACAUAUAAUUACGCCUGUAUGCUGGUGUUAGUGGUGGUCCAGAGUUCAAAUGACUUGCGCAUGAUGGAACAAUAUGCUGCCCCACUACUCACUAUAGCCAAGGCUGAUGACGCUAAUGCCAAGUUACAGGGUAAAUCAAACUAACGUCACUUUCACUUCAUUAGCCAAAUAUUUUUUUUUAUCUUUGAUCACUGAUGUUUUGUUUUUUUGUGUUUGUCUGUCAGAGUUGAGCAAAUGGCUGGAGCCUUUGGACAAACUUCGCUUUGAGAUGGGCAGCAUUCCCACCCUCAUAGAUUACAUCAAGCAGGUACAAAUCUCUCACUCAGUCAAGCAACGUUUCACUUACUCUCAUUCUCAAUAAUCUGUUCUUAAUUUUUUCUUCAUUUAUCACCUGCAGGCUGUCCUAAUGACUGCUCUUUGUUAAUUCUGUGAGGGAUAAAUGUCUUUAAUGGAAAGUGUUUUGGCUGCUGCAGACAAGUUAUCUGUACAAUUUAACACACAUAAGACUUGGAAAGCUUAACUAAGAUAUAAUAAAAAGACAAAAUAAUAUGUCCCUCCUACCUAUAAAAGAUAAGUUUGAUAAUUUCAUUCAUUUAUUCAUCAGUAAUUUACCUGUGAGCCAUCAGGUCUACAGUACAACUCCCUGGAAUGCAGAGUUUUUUCCACAAGUCUGAACCCCUCAAACAUUACCUGCUCUGUAACAUACUUGUGUCCCGGCUAUAUGCAAAUGAGGGUGCUGCAUGUUUUUGUAAACAUGUGUCUGUUCCUCCUGCAGAAUGUGGAAAAUGUUUUGACUGCUGAAGGAACUGGACUGGUCACUGCUCUCAGGGUCCUUAAUCACGUAGCCUGCCCCCCACCAGCUGUAGAAGGUAAAAACACCAAACAUGAUAUUUGUGAUAGGUCCGCUGUUUAACAGUCGUAUGAGUGUCUUUGAUUUACUUUAAGACUUUUCACUUUACAAGAAGUAUUUCUUACUUUAUUGUGCUUUUUUUGUGCAUCUCUCCUCUAAAAUGCACGUUUCCUCAUGUUCUUUAAAGCCCUGUGUUGUUUACAUUUACAUUAAUGUAUGCUAUACUCUCAGGGAAUGACUGUUGCUUGCAAUGGUGCAUAGACUUGCAAAUUUAAGGCUUCAUGACUUUAAAAACUCCUCAUAGGAUCUCAAAGCCGAUAAACUAGGUUAAAUAUUUUGUUUGCUGUUUUAAAAUGGUGGUUUCAUUUUCGAUAAAAUCCUCCUUCUUUCUGCAGGUCAGCAGAGGGAUCUUAAGUGGAGUCUUGCAGGAGUCCAGCUCUUUUCUGGGGAGGGUCUGGAUACAUGUGUGCGUAUCCUGCAGAAGCUGUGCAGCGUGCUGCUGCAGCCGUGGCGUGUGCACGGACACAUGGGCCCCACGCCGCAGCGCUGCAUGAUCCUCAGUAUUUGCAUCAGUACGUUGCGUCUGCUGCGCACCAUGCUGACGGAGCUGCUGCGCGGAGGAGCUUUCCAAUUCAGAGACACUCGUGUCGCCAGUGUGUUGGUGACUCUCCACAUGAUUGUGUGCUCCAUUCCCGCGUCUGGACGUCUGGAUGGAGAGGAGACUAGAGUGCAGGCGCUGAUCGUCGACGUGUUGCUCACCUUCACGCAGGGUGUCAAUGAAGAGGUGCGUGAUUUAGAAAUAGUUAAACUGUUUGUUUGUGGUUUGAAACGUCUGAUUUGUUGGCAUUGUCCUGAGCCAAUGUUUGUUUGAUGCAGGUGACUCACACAGAAGAAACUCUGGCCAGCAACACAUGGUCUCUGAUGCUGAAGGAGGUUCUGGGUUCACUGCUGAAAGCUCCUGAAGGUCUCUUCUCUGGUCUGACGUUGCUGUCUGAGCUCCUUCCUCUUCCACUGCCAAUGCAGAGCACCCAGGUAUUCCAUCACUUACCACCGAGCUGUCCUCUUCUGAUCUUCCUUCUCUUGGCUUACAUGUUAACAAAACUGACAUCUGGCUCCACAGGUGAUUUCAGUCCAAGAUGUGGCUGUAGCCUUAAACACCAGGAAGUUGUGGAGCAUGCACAUAAGGGCACAGUGGAAAGUGUUUUCAGAGGCAUUCAGAUGUGUGUGUGCCACCAGCUGUUCUCCCCUCCUGGCAAUGCUGAGGAGAAUGUGUGUGCAGAUGGCAGAUCUGUCUUCAACGACAGCGACACUCAUCAUGAAGACCCUGCUGGAGAUGCUGCUGGAAGAGCUGCAGCCGUGAGUUUAAAGAAUAAAUAAUCUCUCAUCAAACGCUCCAACUUUUUGUCCCGUAACUUUACGUUUAUAGUGUCUGCAUGGUUUUGUCUUCAGGGCGGAAGGAAAAGUAGUGUGCUGGGGCCAGGUCCUGCGUCUGCUGUCUUUGUUUGAUGCGUUGGUGUCACAGAAAGCGUGCAAGAGUGCAGCGCUGCAUCUGCUGUCCGGCUCUGUGUCUGGUGAUGAGCAACAGGCCGACCUGUUCCCCCUGCUGCUGUCUCUGUUGGUUCCUCCCACUGAUCACUCGUUGCAGCAGCAGCAAUGCAGUGAACUAGUGGGGACAGUAUUACAGUCGCUAUGUGACCAGGUAAGCAGCAAUGACAUUCAUCUUCACAUCGUCACAAAGAAAAAGGAUGAAGCUCAAAAUGUGUUUUUUAUCGUUCCAGGAUAUUUCUCUGGUUGCUUCUCCAAACGGGGAAAGCUGUGCGACAGAAGCUGAGCAGCUCGCCAAUGCGCUCCCCGGCCGAGAGAUGAUGUCAUCAGUGUGCAACACCUUGUUGGAGGUUUUGGGGAAUUCAGAGAGCAGCGCCCCGCUCCUCCUCACCUGUAUCAGGACUCUGACAUUCCUCACUGAGCAUGACUACGGACUCUACCACCUUAAAGUGUAGGCUUUCUUGGUUGACUUCUUGUUUCACUGUCCUCUUAUUAUCUUCUUAUAAAUUGUCUUUAUUUUAGUCAACAAGGUUUUAAUCACACCUUAUUGUUGUUUCAGUGCUCUGAAGAAACAUGGUGCGGGUCUGUGCUCGUUGUUGAAGAGAUUAGUGUUCGCCUUCAACAAAGACUCUGCAGACCUGCUCUCAGCACUACUGGACUUCCUCCGACAGAUUUUCAGCACAGACACAAUGGUGAGUUCUUCCUUACUGGAAAAAGUUUAAGGCGUUUGUGUUUUUGAGAGCUGGUUUUCAAGGUUUUCAUGGCAGGAGUAGACGUGAAGUUGAAAUUGCUCCGAGCAUGAAUUCCAGAGUUUGUUGGAGGAAGGUCUAAAUGAUGUAGACAGUGAAGAAAAAAAACAAGAGAGCAGCAAUUAAGUUGUAUUACAGGGAGUUUGUUGUUACUCUAGUGUGUGGAAGAGGGCCAGGGGUCCGGUGAAGAGCCAGUCUUCACUCCUCCACGGCUGCUGUCGGGCACUGAGAUGAAAGCUCUGCUGCAGUGGGAGGAGUCUGAGUCACACCCACUCCCAACUUUAGAGAAACAGAUAACAGUAAGAAUCAUUCCCACACUUUUCUCUCUUCUUUUCAUUCUCGUCAAAGUGAGUGAUGCUUCUGCCUCUGUAACUCUGGUUCUGGGUGUUUCACUGUAGAAACUAUGUAAGGAGGAUGAAUCACUGGAGACACUGUUGGAGAAUGUGAUUGUUCUGAGGCAGACCCUAGAGACGGCCACGGACACACCUCCGGGGGCUGACACUGAGCCCACUCUACCAUCACCUGAGACCCUCGGGGCUCAGUUUAAUCACAGGUAACUUAGAACAAGAUUUAGUUUAAAAAGACACUAAACAAAACUUUAUGUCAUCUUGACUUCAAACUAAAUAAAGUUUACAAAAACAAAAUGAGAGUAAACACUGGAUGCAGUAUUAACUAUGUCAUGCUUUGUGUGUUUUCUCUAGGACUGUGUUUAUUUUAUCAGAGGCUCUGGAUGAGCAGCUGAAGACUCUUUGGUUCUCUCCCUUCCAAACUGAUGACAUAGAGACAGACCUUGACAUGGUAAUGGGUGAAACAAAUGAAGACCAUAUAGAAAAAUUGUAAUCCAGAUUCUUUUUCAGCUCUGUGUUUUCUUAAUUUUAUUCUGAAACAUUAUGAUAUGAAGAACCCCCUGGCACAGAACUUAUUCUGCUCUUGGAUGAAAAACUGGUCAAACCCAGAGAUAAGUCUAAACAUCUGUCGCUUAUCCCUUUUUUGUUUUAUAAAGUAGUAAUAGUUUUAUUAAGCUGCAGCUCUGGCCUCAAAAAAACCUUGUCAAAAAAACUUUGAUUUUAUUCUUUAAAUACAGUAAAUAAUUCAGUACUUAUUGAUUAUACACCUAUGAACUGAAUCGAUAUGAUUAUUAAAGCCUGAUAAAUAGGCUGCAUACAGCUGUGAAACCUUGUUUCUGAAUGAGGUUGUUUAUAAAUUUCUAUGAUUGCCUCCUUUGCGGUGUCUCAGGUAAAAGUGGAUCUGGUGGGCCUGGCUCAGGAGUGCUGCCCAGAACUGGACUUGAAGGCAGAGCUGGAGCGUUCCUUCUUGUCUGAGCCCUCGUCUCCUGGUCAUACAAAAGCGCCAAAAGGCUUCCGGUUGGGCAAACACAAGCACGAGACAUUUAUCACAUCAAGGUACACGUUUACUUGAACUGAACUGCAUAGUUUUUUUUUAACAAAUGAUCUGCAAAAAGCAAAUGAAAGAUUCUGGUCUUAAUCUAAUGACUGAAUAUCACCAUGUGCUUUUCUCUGCAGCGGUAAAUCAGACUAUGUUGAGCCCGCCAAAAGAGCUCACAUCAUGGCAGCUCCUCGAGGACGUGGAGGCCGGGGAGGGUUUGGACAGAAUGUGGGCUGUCGGCCUCAUGACAUCUUUCGCCAGCGUAAACAGAACACCUCACGUCCUCCCAGCAUGCAUGUGGAUGACUUUGUGGCAGCUGAAUUUAAAGACAUUACAACCCCUCUUGGACUUCUUCCCCCUAAACGCCCCCCUAAGAGUUCCCCAAAACCCCCCACCAGAGGACUGUUCACUGGAAACAGAGGCAGGGGUACAUUUCACAGCCAGACUCGCUUUUUCACUCCACCACAACCCAAGGGUGUCCUGCUGUCUGGUAAGUACACAAAGGCGUGGUGCACGUAAAAAACUUUCUGAUUCCCAUAUUUAUUGAAAAAAUUACCGCCGUGACGUAAAAAGGCUCAGAUCGAUGUUUGUGAAAGAAACUAAUCUUUCUGUUUUACUCAAAGAAUAAAUGGAUAUAGACGGAGCUUGAAGUAAGAGUGCAGAAACAAACAAAGUAUUUUUUCCAUUGCAGUUUUUUGUAUCAUUUAGAUCCUAGUAGUUCUUGUUUUAUUUUUAACCAAUAUCCACAGGAACCCAUCAUUUAUAGUUGUUUCAGGUCAGUUCAGCUUGUUGACCAGUAGGGGGAGACAAAUCGUAUCUUUUGGGGUUUUGUAGGUAACUACACUCGCAGAGAAGGAGCCCGCGGUUCAUCGUGGAGUGGACAAGUCCCUGCUGUGACCCACAGAGGAACCUACAGCGAACCCCGAGGAGGCCAGAGCAACUUCACACGUGGACCGCUGCCCUCGAGACAACCUCCAGCAAGUACGAAGCGCUCCCCCUCGUAUCGUUUGUUUCAUUUUGCACACUUAACUCAAUCCUUAAGCGUAUAAUUUUCGACUUCUCUCGUGUUCUCUGUUUAGGUCCAUAUCGGCUGGCUCCGCGUGACCGAGCCCCGCGGGGUAGAGGAGGUGCUGGGCUGUCGUGGCUUAGCGCAGGAGGAGGUGGCGGAGGUGCAGGAGGCGGUGGUGGAGGUGGAGGAGGAGGAGGGCGAGGAUCUCAGGGGAGCAAAUUCAGUGGCGGGGGAGGGAGCGGAGGAGGGAGGGGCAGACAUGUUCGCUCCUUCACAAGGUAAACUCACCUUGGCAAUGACUUCAGCCUUUCAUGGCAACACAUGGACCAAUCAGGAACUUGUAUGUACUGUCUCCGUGGAAACAUGAUGGGAAGAUGUUGUCACAGCGACGCACAGACUCUUAUUUUGAUGUUUUUGUUUUCUUGAGUUUUAUUCAGAGAAUAAAGGUCAGAAAAACUUAACUCAUGCUUUUUGUUUUUAAGACUGAUGCAGACCAAGGAAGUUACUCAACUUUUAAUUUAAACGAAUUCUUUUGAUGUUUGUCUAAUGAAAGAAGUCAGAAACAAACUGUGUGAGAGACGUGCUAAACCUAAAAUCUUAGAGAUAUUUUGUACAUGUCUUUCUCAGUCCACCAUUGCUUUUGUGAAAUAUUGUCUAGUUCAAGCAGUGAUAGUGAUGGGGAAUAUUAUGGUGCAUCCAGGGACAAGAGUUGAAAAUCUGCAAAGGUUAUAAACUUGGUACAGUGCAUCCCCUCAAUGCUUUCUAUUGGAACUCUGUUAAGUUGCAUUCGUUCAUAUUAACUGAAAUAACCCAGUUGAAUUCAAAACAAAUUAGACCCACCAAAAAAUCUCAUAAAAGCUCGCUUUAAGACCUUGUUUUGUAAAAUUAAAAACUGUAGAAAUGUAAAAUAUUCUGAGUCAGAUGUGUUUCUUAACAUUUUUGGUUAGCUCAGAAAGUAGUCUUUCAAAAACUUCAAUUGUAACCACCUUGAAAUGUCCCUGGAAAACCUUUUUUGAAAACGGCUGUUUUGUUGGUGGCCUCAGAUGGAUGGCUGCAUGAGGAAACAGAAUAAUUUGUUCCUGAGAUCGAGAAGAUUACUCCAGGUGUUUUUAAUUACAACAACAACAUACGUAGGUAUAAAACAACAGAGUGAUGUUAAUUCAGGAAGUAAUCAUUGUUGGUUUUAAAUAUUGAACAUCAGUUUAAUUCCAUGUGAGCCCGGGAUCAAAAUAAUUUCGCUUGUGGAAUUGCACAAAAAGUCCUGCCUCUCACACACACACAUGAACUAUCACACACACACAGCAGACUAAAUGUUUUUCUCCUUUUUUAACUGAACAUCGUUUUUGAUCAAAAAAUGACUAAACUUUCUAGAAUUGACACAGCUUACGGUACAUUCAAAGUGUUUUCAUUACUUUUGGCCAAAAAGUCUUUGGCUGAUUCACCGGUCCAGUCUUCUCAGAUGACCGUCACCUCCCUGCUCUUCCUCUUAAUGCAGUCCAGAGUUAGACUCCUCGUGCCCCCCUUGCGCGCCCCCUCCCCCAGCUGAGGCGAUGGAGGCGGACCUGAGAUACUCAUGGCCUGAACUGAGUGUAGUGAGAGAUUGGAAGCGAGUAAAGAUGACUCUCUUUGCUGGUGUAUUGUCGGCUCGCUUUGUAGAUCCCAUCCAGAUGAUUGCAGGUCUCCCUGAAGCUGAUCCCUGGCUGCUGGUUCAACAGGAAGCUGGCUUCUGGUAGGCUGCAGGUCUCUGAGGAGCUCUAGCAGUUCUCGCUUCUCCAGCUCUGCCUCUGCCAGCUCCUGUCUCCUGAGGCGCUCCGCUCCCAAGAGGGCUCGCAUGUCACACAUCACACGGGACAGCUGACCCUACACAGAAAAGACACAGUCACUAAACAGGUUUACACAUGAUUGAAAGGGAAAACCUUCCAGUCUUUCUGACUGUAGUUAGGGUUCAUCGCUCAAGUCAUUUCUCCAGCCUGUUUGUUGUUCCCUAAAAAGCUGAGGAGUGACACGUCACCUUUAGCUCCUCCACAUCAUUCUUCAGCUGCGACUCUUUCUGCACCAUGUGUCUUCUCUGUGAAUCCAAACGGGACUCCAUCUCUCGUCUCACCUCUUCAACCUUGCACAGCAUCUCUGCCCUGCCAAAAAUAUCCAAAGAGACACAAGGAUUGCAAACAAGCCUGAGCGGAAAGAGCAUAAUUUCCUCGAUGUAAUUAAUACAACGGACAUACCUGAGCAUCUCCACUUCUGUGCGCAGCUCUGCUACACAGUUAUGCUGUGAUUGAUUGAUGGGGAGAAGAGUAUGACCACAGCCAUUAGGACACUCCCUGCUGCGGAAGUUACACUCUGACAGGUGAGCCUCCAGACCCCGCCUCUCUACCUGCACAGGGCAACCUGAAGAUAAGGGAGAUGGUUAGGCCCAACAUGAGACAGAUGUGUUGCAUUCAUACAGUAUUUAAUAAUGAUGAAGUAGGAGUUCUCUGACUUCUAUUUAACUUCAAUAUUAAGAAGCCGAAACAGUCAAUCCUUCACUAAGAUGAUCUCAACACUUCAAAAGCAACACUGCAUGCAAACACACUCCAAGUCUGUACAUACCACAGUGAUAACAAAUGUACUCUCCACCUGCCAACAGGAGGUCACAGACACUUUAUCAGUACAAUACAUUUACUCACUUCUGAAUCUCUCAUUAAAAAAUGAUGGAAAGUUGACCCUGACUGCACUCUGUGGGAGCUGAAAAGUCCCACAGGUGUGAGACUUUGGAGGCAGUCUUGACAACAAAAGAACCAUAUGUCGCUCCCCCACAUAGACACACAAAGGUGUCGUAUUACAGCACAAAGUUGCACAGGGAAAACCAUUUGUCAACCAUAAACACUUUGUGGAUAAAAUCGUCAUAAUAAAAUAAGCAACACUU